AUGUAUAAGGUCAUUUCUAAACUUUUGGCGGGGAGGUUGAAAAAGGUGUUGCAUUUUUUGAUUUCUCCGUGUCAAAGUGCCUUUGUGCCGGGUAGACAAUUACUAGAUGGUGUGUUGGUGGCAAAUGAAGUGGUGGAUUUCUCUAAGAAAGUGGGUCGAGGUAGCUUGUUAUUUAAGGUGGAUUUUGAAAAGGCAUAUGACAAUGUUUCUUGGAAUUACCUUAGAUACAUGUUGAGGAGAAUGGGUUUUGGGGAGGUUUGGAUGAGAUGGAUGGAGAUGCUAAUCUUUAAUAGUUCGAUGUCCGUGUUAGUUAACGGUAGCCCGACAAAAGAAUUUGUGGUGGAGAAAGAUUUGAGGCAAGGUGACCCUUUAUCUCCUUUCCUCUUUGUGUUGGUGACGGAGGGGUUGGCGGGUCUUGUGAGGAAAUCAUCCGAAAUUGGGGAGUUUAAAGGAAUAUAUAUUAAUGGUGUUUGUGUGGUUGACAUAUUACAAUUCGCGGAUGAUACUCUUGUGAUGGGUGAAUGUUCAUGGAGACAAGUGUGGGCAAUCAAAGCAAUUUUAAGGGCUUUUGAAUUAGUGUCGGGCCUCGGCAUUAAUUAUCACAAAAGUAAAUUAAUUGGUAUCAAUGUUGUGAUCCGAGGAAAAUCAUCUUGGUCUCCACUUGUUACAAAGAUUAGGAAUCAGUUAUUGGGUUGGCAAAAUAGGAUGCCGAUUUCGGUGGUUAAAGAGGUGGUUAGGAUCCAAAGAAACUUUUUAUGGGGAGGAGGAUUGGAGGAGAGAAGGAAGAUACAUUGGGUUAGUUGGAAACAAGUUUGUUUACCGUUUCUAAAAGGGGGUAUUGGAAUUAAAGAUGUGGGUGACUUCAACCACGUUCUUCUUAAUAAAUGGCGGUGGAGGAUAUUAAAAGGCGAGGAGGCUCUUUGGUUCAAAGUGAUAAAGGCUCGGUACGGGGAUUUCUCAAUGGAGUCUUUUUGUGGAGGUAUGUCUUCUAAUCCUUUAUCUUCUCUUUCUUCUUCAUCCCAUUCUUUAGCCUCGGUGUGGUGGAAAGAUAUGAUUUAUCUUGGUAAUGAUAAAGGUGAAGAUCCGGUGGCUUUUAAUUGUCGUUUUGUUAUUGGGAAUGGUUUUGUCACUCCGUUUUGGGAGGCUAGGUGGGUGGGAAAUGUUUGUUUGAAGGAGGAGUUUCCUAAAUUAUUUGCGGCCUCUUUAUUGAAACGGGUGGCGGUGGCUAGUAUGGGAGGGUGGAUAGAUGGGGAGUGGAAGUGGGAGAAUUUUUGGGUUGUUAUUAAUGUUGAUUCCGAUCCAGGUUUGGUGGUGGAGGAUGUUUCUCUCCGUUCUUUGUUACUAGGCCGUGAGCCUUUGAUGGAGGGUAGGGAUAAAGUUUCUUGGUUUAGUUCGGCGGAUGGCAUUUUUCCGUAG